UUUCAUUGGACAAACCCCAACAAAUCUAUCACCAGAAAGCCCACGAUGUCUUCUCCACAUGAGUGUUUUGCAUUUAAAGUAAGGCUGUGCAAUUUUUGUCCCUUACAGAGGACAAAAAUAGGUUGCCGUGACAGGAGGAUAUAUGGAUGAUUAUCAAUGACGGGCGGUGAGGUCCUUAGCUGAGCUCUGCGACCUGAUGCUAUUUAAAGUCUUCAUCAUCGUUGCCAUUAGUAGCCGCUGAAGACCAACCAUAAAGCAAGAGUGACACCAGCAUCGGAGAGUUAGCUGUUGAUUCACCAUCUCAGUGACGUUGAAAAGAGGGCCAAGAUAUCAUUGGGGAAAGGAGAGACAGCCGAUGACAUCAUGCUGCUCCGUGGAUGGCUGUCAGGAUGAGUCAGGUGAAUGUGGGCAGACUGAAAGUCACAAGGAACAAAACCCUCAUCCAGUGAAGAUGCAUCCAAUUCAGUCAGUAUCAAAAAUUUCAGACAUGACGAGCAUCAACACGGCUAACAUUAACUUCAAAUGGGAUCCGAAGAGUCUGGAGAUCAGGACUCUGGCAGUGGAGAGGCUGCUGGAGCCCUUGGUCACACAGGUCACCACUCUGGUAAACUCAAGUAACAAAGGUCCGUCUAACAAGAAGAAGGGACGUUCCAAGAAAGCCCAUGUCCUGGCAGCAUCAGUAGAGACUGCGACUCAGAACUUUUUGGAAAAAGGAGAAAAGAUUGCAAAGGAGAGCCAGUUCCUCAAGGAUGAGCUGACUGCUGCAGUGGAAGAUGUCCGCAAGCAAGGUGAGUCAAUGAGGCAGGCUUCUGGAGAAUUUGCUGAAGACCCUUGCUCUUCUGUGAAGAGGGGUAAUAUGGUUCGUGCCGCCAGAGCCCUCUUAUCGGCUGUCACACAUCUGCUGGUGCUGGCAGAUAUGUCCGAUGUCUACAAACUUCUACUGCAGCUGAAACUGGUGGAGGAGAGUCUUGUGAAAGUGCGCAAUGCCGGAACAGAGCAGGACCUGGGCAUCCAGUAUAAGGCCUUGAAACCCGAAGUAGACAAGCUGAACAUCAUGGCAGCCAAGAGACAGCAGGAGCUGAAGGAUUCCCACCACAAGGACCAAAUGGCUGCAGCUCGCGGUGUUCUACAGAAGAACAUCCCCAUGCUGUACACGGCAUCCCGCGCCUGCCUGCAGCACCCUGAUGUGGCUGCCUACAAGGCCAACCGUGACCUGAUCUACAAGCAACUGCAGCAUGCCGUUUCGGGCAUCUCCAAUGCUGCUCAGGCCACAACCACCGAAGACUCUGCACUCAAUCAACCUGCAGGUGGAGGAGAGCUCGCCUAUGCCCUCAACAAUUUUGAUAAACAAAUCAUUGUGGACCCGCUGGCGUUCAGUGAGGAGCGCUUUCGUCCGUCCCUGGAGGAACGUCUUGAAAGCAUCAUCAGCGGUGCUGCCCUCAUGGCCGACUCCUCGUGCACACGAGAUGACCGCAGGGAGCGAAUCGUGGCCGAAUGCAAUUCAGUGCGCCAGGCUCUUCAGGAUCUGCUGUCCGAGUACAUGGGCAAUGCCGGCAGGAAGGACAGAAGUGAUGCUCUGAACACAGCCAUUGACAGGAUGACAAAGAAAACAAGAGACCUUCGCAGACAGCUACGCAAAGCUGUAAUGGACCACGUCUCCGACUCGUUCUUGGAAACCAAUGUACCCCUUCUGGUUCUGAUUGAAGCUGCAAAGAAUGGCAACGAGAAGGAAGUCAAGGAGUAUGCACAGGUGUUUCGUGAGCAUGCCAACAAGCUGAUUGAGGUGGCCAACUUGGCUUGCUCCAUCUCCAACAAUGAGGAGGGAGUGAAGCUGGUUCGGAUGGCAGCAUCCCAACUGGAAACUCUUUGUCCUCAGGUGAUUAAUGCAGCGUUGGCCCUCGCUGCAAAGCCCAACAGUAAGGUUGCCCAAGACAAUAUGGAUUUGUUCAAAGAUCAGUGGGAGAAGCAGGUCCGAGUCCUCACUGAUGCUGUCGAUGACAUAACCUCCAUCGACGACUUCCUUUGUGUGUCUGAGAACCACAUCCUGGAGGAUGUGAAUAAGUGUGUCAUCGCUCUGCAAGAGAAAGAUGUGGACGGUUUGGAUCGCACAGCAGGGGCCAUUCGAGGCCGUGCUGCCAGAGUGGUCCAUGUGGUCACUUCUGAAAUGGACAAUUAUGAACCCGGGGUCUACACAGAGAAAGUCUUGGAGGCCACCAAGCUCCUCACCGACACAGUGAUGCCACGGUUCACAGAACAAAUUGAGUCUGCAGUGGAGGCCUUGAGUGCAAACCCCUCACAGCCCGUCGAUGAGAAUGAGUUCAUUGAUGCUUCUCGUCUCGUGUAUGAUGGCAUUCGAGACAUUCGCAAGGCUGUACUCAUGAUCAGGACUCCAGAAGAGUUGGACGACUCAGACUUUGAAACCGAAGACUUUGAUGUUCGCAGCAGGACCAGCGUGCAGACAGAAGAUGACCAGCUCAUUGCUGGCCAGAGUGCACGGGCUAUCAUGGCUCAGUUGCCACAAGAACAGAAGGCGAAGAUUGCAGAACAAGUCGCCAGCUUCCAGGAGGAGAAGAGCAAGCUGGAUGCUGAGGUAUCCAAGUGGGACGACAGCGGCAAUGACAUCAUCGUUUUGGCCAAGCAGAUGUGCAUGAUUAUGAUGGAGAUGACAGACUUCACCAGGGGGAAAGGACCAUUGAAGAAUACAUCCGAUGUCAUUAGCGCUGCCAAGAAGAUUGCCGAGGCGGGAUCAAGAAUGGACAAGUUGGGUCGCACCAUUGCCGACAAUUGCCCGGACUCGGCCUGUAAGCAGGACCUGCUCGCCUACUUGCAGCGCAUCGCCUUGUAUUGCCACCAGCUCAACAUUUGUAGCAAAGUCAAGGCUGAGGUUCAGAAUCUGGGAGGAGAGCUAGUUGUCUCGGGGUUGGACAGCGCCAUGUCCCUCAUUCAAGCCGCAAAGAAUCUGAUGAACACGGUGGUCUCCACCGUGAAAGCGUCCUACGUCGCGUCCACCAAGUACCAGAAGAGCAAAGGCAUGGAGGCCCUCAAUAUGCCCGCCAUUUCCUGGAGGAUGAAGGCACCUGAGAAGAAACCUCUGGUGAAGAGAGAGAAGCAGGAUGACGGCCAAACCAACCGGGUCAAGAGAUCCUCUCACAAGAAGCACGUCAACCCCGUGCAGGCGCUCAGCGAGUUCAAAGCGAUGGAUAGUAUCUAGAGUCCAACUCCUUUUUGGUUAUUAUAUAGAGAUCAAGCUUUGCAGUUUAUCCAUAAGAGCUUUUAACAUAUUUUUGAAACUAUUUCCACAGGUGGGGUGUGUGUGUGUGUGUGUGUGUGUGUGUGUGUGUGUGUGUGUGUGUGUGUGUGUGUGUACAUGUGUGUGUGCGUCUCAAUCUCAAUCUCAAU